UGUAUCUUUGCAACGCUUUACACCAUUCCCUUCCUCUUUACAACCAAAUACUGAAGCAACACCUUUCUCCGCUCUGUACUGACUGCACUGCGUGACCGAUAGUCUCCAAAACCUUCCCAGCAGAGGCUUCGAACAUGGAUGGACAUGACGCAGAUGACCCGAAACAGAGCACUGCUGAUAUGACAGCUUUUGUACAAAAUCUUCUUCAACAGAUGCAAUCCAGGUUCCAGACAAUGUCUGACUCCAUCAUCACAAAGAUCGAUGAGAUGGGCAAUAGGAUCGAUGAGUUGGAGCAGAGCAUCAAUGAUCUCAGAACCGAGAUGGGAGUCGAGGGCUCACCAUCUCCUUCAGCCCCUUCGAAGUCAAAUAUCGAACCCAAGUCAGCUGAUGAUUCAACCAACGAGUAGCCACGGCAUGGUGUGUUGCUUGAAUCAAAUAGUGUGUCUACUGCCCGGCUUUUGAGUGUUUAUUUUUACUCUUUCAUUUGAAAUGGAAAUCAUACUAUACACACUAUCUUGGAUCGGAUCAAUGCUCCAUGGAUUGGUAAAACAAGGCCAAGUUUUAAUUCUCAUUUUGUAACAGAAAUGUAGGAAGCCCUUGAUGGAUUAUCUGUCUUCAAAUAUGCUGAAUUCCUGGUUCAUUUUCAGAGAUAGAAUUGCUCUCCCCCAUUCUUAUUUUA